GGAACUAGAAGUAUUUUUGUCUAUUAAUUUUAAAACGUAGCAAUAAACCGUUAUCGAGAGAAUAAUAAAAUCGAACAAAAGACAUUAUUACAACUAAAUGGCAAAUGUUUUAAAAAAAUAUAUCUAAAAAAAAUUAAUUAAAAAUAUAAGAUAAAAAAAAACGUAACAAAAAUGAAAAAUAUUUCAAGAUUUUUUAUAUGCAAAUUUGCAAUAAUAAGUUUAACAUGCUUUCAAUUAACUAGUGCUGUAACGAUGGAUCAGUUUUUACAAUCAUUGGAUAUGAUGCGAAAUGGUUGUGCACCGAAAUUUAAAGUGACCUUAGAUCAAUUGGAUAAUUUGCGAAAUGGUAUCUUUGAUGAAAGUAGUUCGGAGCUUAAGUGUUAUACAAAAUGCGUCGCACAACUAGCAGGAACGGUUACAAAAAAGGGUGAUUUUAGUAUAUCAAAAGCCACUGCACAAAUACCAAUUAUAUUGCCACCUGAAAUUCAGGAUAUCGCAAAGGCAGCUCUAGCCUCGUGUAAGGAAAUACAAAAGGACUAUAAGGAAUCAUGCGAACGUAUUUUCUAUGUUACUAAAUGUGUACGGGAUUUUUCACCAAAAGACUUUAAAUUUCCAUAAAAAUCAAAUUAUAAAAGAAAAAUUUUCAAAUAAAAACUUACUCUGUUUUUGUGUUUUAUUUU